GCGGCUGCCGGGCGGAGCGUCGCCGCUUGCUUCGCCGCUCCGGCCGCGGCGCGCCUAGCGGGUCCCUCCGGGGAAGAAGCAGGGGCGAGGGCUUGGCGGGGGGCCUGCCGCCGGUGCCGGCCGCGGCGUGGAUGAUGUCACUAAUACUGCUCAGAAAUCCCUCCUUGCUGAUGAAAAAGAGAACGUGCCAACAAGACUAGGAAUUGUGGUGUGGAAAGUCCCAGUACAAACAUACCUAGUGACUUAGCUGCUGGUGCUGCUCAGCAUUCACCUCUUUAAGUUAAAAUCGAACACAACUGCCUCAGAAACCUGGACAAAAGAAAGGACAUGAGAGACUGCUCCCACGAUGGCAGAGAUCCGUGUGAAAAAUUUUGUUGAAUACUACAUGACUCUUAAAUGCUAAAAGCAGAAGGCACUAGCCAGUAGCUCAGUGUGGAGCAAAAAUUUUAUUUUAAACUUAAAAAAUAAUUAUGUCAAAGAAAAGUCGUGCCAAGGGAGAGAAGUCCGACAUGGAGAUUGAAGCCCUGCAAGCUGCUAAUGAGGAGCUACGUACUAAACUAACCAACAUCCAGAUAGAAUUUCAGCAAGAAAAAAGCAAGGUGGGUAAACUAAGAGAGAAAAUCCAAGAGGUUAAGCAAGAAAGGGAGCAGGAGCAGCACAAGCACACUGCCUAUGUUUCUGAACUGAAAGCCAAGCUCCACGAGGAGAAAAUGAAGGAACUUCAGAGUGUCAGAGAGCUACUGAUCCGGCAGCACGAGCAGGAGGUAGCAAGAAUGGUGAAAAUCAAAGACGGUGAAAUUCAGCGUUUGCAGUCAACAGUCAACGUCCUGAGGGACGGGGCGGCUGACAAAGUGAAGACGGCGCUGCUGAGUGAAGCCAAGGAGGAGGCUCGCAAGGCGUUCGAUGGCGAACGGAUGAAGUUGCAACAGGAGAUCUUGGAGCUGAAAUCUGGCAAAAAGCAGCUCGAAGAAGCUUUGAACAACAUUAUGCAGGCGGAUAAAAUGAAGGCUGCUGACCUGCGCACGGCUUAUCAGUCCCAUCAGGAUGAGAUUAAUAGAAUAAAGCGGGAAUGUGAGAGAGAGAUCCGCAGGCUGAUGGAUGAGAUAAAAGGCAAAGACAGAGUGAUUCUGGCUCUGGAGAAAGACCUUGGUGUCCAGGCAGGCCAUGCACAGAAGCUGCUCCUUCAGAAAGAGGCUUUGGAUGAACAGCUUGUCCAAGUGAAGGAGGCAGAACGAUACCACAGUAGUCCUAAGAGAGAGCUUCCUGCGGGAGUGGGGGAUAUCACCGAACUGAUGGGAAGCCCGGAGCAGCAUUUGGAUGAACGAGAUGUGCGGAGAUUUCAGUUAAAAAUCGCUGAACUGAAUGCUGUAAUAAGGAAGCUGGAAGACAGGAAUACUCUCUUAGCAGAUGAAAGAAAUGAACUGCUGAAACGUUCUCGGGAGACGGAAAGUCAGCUGAAGCCUCUGGUAGAAAAAAAUAAGAGGAUGAGCAAAAAAAAUGAUGAUAUGUUACAAUGUAUCCAGAGAAUGGAAGAGAAAAUAAAAAAUCUAUCAAGGGAAAAUGUAGAAUUGAAAGAGAAGUUAUCUGCACAACCAGCGCUGAAGAGGCACACAUCUUUGAAUGAUCUCAGCAGCACACGAGAGGAACAAGAAAUUGAAUUCCUUAGACUGCAAGUCAAAGAACAGCAGCAUGUUAUUGAUGAUCUCACAGUGGAAAGGGAACGAUUAUUGCGGUCUAAAAAACAGAAGAGGAAAAGUCUGAAGCCUCCAAAGAGGCAUGUUGUGGAGACAUUUUUUGGAUUUGAUGAAGAAUCUGUUGAUUCAGAAACGUCAUCUGUAACUUCAUAUAACACAGAUAAAACAGACAGGACACCAGCAACACCAGAGGAAGAUUUGGAAGAUAGCACACCUAAAGAAGAAGCUGAACUAAGGUUCUGCCAGCUAACAAGAGAGUAUCAAGCUUUGCAAAGGGCAUAUGCAUUGCUUCAAGAACAAGUUGGUGGAACCCUGGAUGCAGAGAGAGAAGCAAGGACUCGUGAACAACUGCAAGCUGAUCUUCUCAGGUGUCAGGCAAAAAUUGAGGAUCUGGAGAAAGCUCUAAUCGAGAAAGGACAGGAUUCAAAAUGGGUAGAAGAAAAGCAGCUGUUAAUCAGAACAAAUCAGGAGUUGCUAGAGAAGAUUUACAGAAUGGAACAAGAAGAGCAUCAGCUGAAGAAUGAGAUGCAAGAUGCAAAAGACCAGAAUGAGCUGUUAGAAUUCAGAGUGCUAGAGCUUGAAGAGAGAGAACGAAGGUCACCGGCAUUUAACCUUCAUAUAACCACCUUCCCUGAAAACAAUGGAAGUGCACUUCAACUGUUCUGUCAACAGGAAGGAAUAAAGGACGUGAAUAUAUCUGAACUUAUGAAGAAGCUAGAUAUUCUUGGAGAUAAUGGGAAUCUGAGAAAUGAAGAACAGGUUGCAAUAAUCCAAGCUGGGACUGUGCUUUCCCUCUGUGAAAAGUGGUUAAAACAGAUAGAGGGGACAGAAGCUGCACUGACACAGAAGAUGUUAGAUCUGGAGAAUGAAAAGGACCUGUUCAGUAAACAGAAGGGUUAUUUAGAGGAAGAACUCGACUACAGGAAACAAGCUCUGGACCAGGCAUACAUGAAAAUCCAGGAGCUGGAAGCCACGCUGUAUAAUGCCCUGCAGCAGGAUCCGGGAAGGCGGGCGAGCGAGUCGCUGACCGAAGCCCAGAGGGAGGAUUUGCGAGCUGCGGUGGAGAAGGUGCGGCGGCAGAUCCUGAGGCAGAGCCGUGAGUUUGACAGCCAGAUCUUGCACGAGCGAAUGGAGCUGCUGCAGCAGGCACAGCAGCGAAUUCGAGAACUAGAAGAUAAAAUAGAACUUCAAAAGAGGCAACUCAAAGAAAUUGAGGAAAAGCAUUCAUUCUGUGGCCUUGAUGACACAACUGAGCCAAGACGUGUGGCUAUUAAAAGAACCUAUGGAGUGAACAGCUGAGUCCACGUGCAAAAAUACAGACAAUAUUUAUUGAGCAGCUUUAAAUUGGUGCAUUUUUUUUCAUAAAACAGUUUGCAUAAUACUUGAAGCUGCAAAAUAUUUAAAUUUAAGAUUAGAGAUUUUUUUUAAGAUAUAGCUUCAAGCUGGAAUGAUUUGAUAAUCAAAUAAGGACCAGCACAUCAUAAACACUGAAAAAAAUCUAAACAGAAUUUACACUCUCACACCAAUCAAACACUGGAAAAAAUACAAGUGCAAUUACUGGCUGCUAUGUGAACUGUUAUCUACCAAAUGGUUUUCUUACAGUACUGAGAUCUUUGUCUCCAUACUGCAUGCUUUCAACAAACGUGGUUUGCAUUUCACCCAGGAAACACAGAAUCUCCUUUUUAAUAUCUAUAUAAAAAAGCUAAGUGUUUGACAAUAAGUUCUCUAUAGUAAAUAGCUGACAGGAAAAAAACUGUUCAAAGUUGGAAACAAAUAGAGAUUUACAACCCUGCAGUGGUAAAAUUCAUAUUAAAUUCAUAAGUUGGAAAUCCACAGAUGGAGAAGAGAUGGGUUUUGGAGAAAGGCAAGAUGGUAGAUUGAACUAAGAAAACUUUGAAGUGGGUAAAACCUGCAUAGGAGAAAUUAUUUUUUUAAUGUUUCUUGAAAAUUAAGGCAAUAACUUGUAAAGAUAGCACUAGAAGAAUGGAAGAUCCUGAGGUGGCCUGAGAGGUCAAGAAAAGAGAAAGCAUGAUGCGCUGUGCUCAGUUAUCUCUUCAAGAAGAAAGAGAGGCUUGAAGAAAUGGGUGUGUAGACAAAUGUGAUAAGCAGAGAAAUAGUUGGAAAUAAAUAUUUGGAAAUCAUGGCAUCCUCCCAGGUGAAAUAAAAAAAUGUUGACAUUAGCUACCAGGAAGCAAAAAUGGCACAACCUCAAGUAGCAGAGGUAGAUAAACAGUCAAGGACAUUGACCACCUGAACUGAAAAAAAAAUUUUGGGUGAAGCACAGAGUGAAAAAAUGAAACUUGAAAAGAGUUGUUUAAGAUGGAGAAUGGUUAGAAAACUCGGAAAGUUUAGGCUUUUCUUUCAAAGAGGGAAAAGCAAAUCAUUGUGUCAGAGCUGGAAAGGCAAUAUGAAGAAAUAGAUAAUUUUAAUUAUUUCUGGAAUGUUGAGGCAAGCUGAAAAUAUUAAGAGCACAAUAUUAAAAGAUAACUUUCUCCUCUCUCACAUUUUCUUGAAAAUCAUCUUUGCGUUAAAAGGGCUACAUAGAAAGCUACAGAGAAACAAAUCUGCUCCCAUGGACACACUGAACUCCAACAUGAACAUAGAGUGGAAUAAGAUGGUUACGAUAAUACAUCACAUAAAGUGGAAAUCAUGAUUGAAAAAAAUAAGAUAAGACAAAGAACAAUCAAGGCAGCACAAAGAAAACUGAGGAAAAGAUUUCUCAUAGCAACUGAAUAUCUCACUGUUGAAGGUGCAGGAAUCAGCCUCAAAAGAAGCCAGUCUUAGAUAAUUUUUAGGCUCUGAUGUAAGACCAGAGAUGUACUCUUCACAAAGAAUCACCAAACAAGAUCAUUUACCUGCUGAAGGAGCUGAGGCACUCCACAAGAUUAAUUCAGUCAGAUGCAGCAAACUGUGGCUUGUGUGAGGGACUGGAUAACCCUGUUUCCUGGUACAAAGCACAAUUCAAAUUGGAAACAAGGAUCAUGCAGAACUUUGGAAACUUGAUCCCCAAAAGAAUGUAUUGCUCACAAUGCGUUGUUCGAAAGGAACAAGCAUUUAGAGAAUGUGUUUUCAAAUAGAGAUUUUUUCAUGUUUUAAAGCUUUUAGCAGUGUGAUGACAGAAUGUGGCAGAAUGAGGUCUUCACUGCAAAAGGAAGAGUUUUGGCAUUACGCUGAAGAGGACCGCAACGGGAGAUAAACAGAUCUUGAGAUAGCCAAACCAGGUGCUGAUGAAGGAACAGAAAUUGGAAAGUGUUAUUCACUUGGCAAACACUCUUUCUUCUCAUAGACAUAGUUUUGGUCAUCACUGCUUUGGAAAUGAAACUAUAAGCACAAACAUGGGACAGUCAGAGCGUGUGGCUGCAACGGUAAGCGCACUGCAGGGAUAGGAGAUGGUCUUCUCACAAGGUAGAAAAGGAAUUAGAAGAUGCAAGCAUACCUGAUGAAAAAGUAAACAGUGCUGGAAAAGAGAAUUUGAACCUCAGAGUAAAAGAGCUGGAAAAAUCGGAGCAAAAACUGAAAG